AUGGCACCGCUCUCAUCAGUCGUACUUCAACCACAGCUUCCACUGCAACCCAACUCAUCUACAAAGCACCAUUUCACGAGCACUGUCAUCGGUAACCUCAUGAUGAAGCUCACUGCUGUUCUUGCCGCCUCCACUUCCGCGCUCGCUUCUGCGAGGCCUCAGUAUGGUGCCGCAACUCCAGAUCCACACGCUUGGAUGCCUGCCUCCACAAACGACUUCCGCGGCCCAUGCCCGAUGCUCAACACUCUAGCAAAUCACGGUUUCCUUCCUCGCGAUGGCCGCAACUUCACCCAAGAGAACGUCGUCAAGGGCCUGAAGGACGGCUUGAACUUUAAUGGUUCACUUGGCGCACUCAUGUGGCAGCAAGCCAUCAUCGCAAACCCUGAACCAAACGCUACGUUCUUCACUCUAGAGCAGCUCAACGUCCACAAUGUUCUUGAGCACGAUGCCAGUCUUACGCGUACUGAUGCUGCCUUCGGUAACAACCAUGUCUUCAACGAGACUGUAUACAACACAUCAAGAAAGUGGUGGACGGAUGAGACCGUAACACCUGAGAUGCUGGCCAACUCCAAGAUAUUUCGCCAGUUGGAGAGCCGCGCAACCAACCCAAACUACACAUUUACUGCGUCCACUGAGGAGUUCAGUUUGGGUGAAGUCUCGGCACCUAUCAUCGCCUUUGGCAGUUUAGAAGACGGUACCGUCAACCGCACGUUGAUGGAGUACUUCUUUGAAAACGAGCGUCUUCCUUUUGAGUUGGGCUGGACUCAGAAGACAGAUGAGAUCACCCUCAUGAAGAUCACGACUACUACAGACAUCAUUCGUAACGCGACGAGUCUACUUACUGGUGGCGAAACCGCUCAGGAUUCUCCUCAUGGCAAACGCGAUCUCCAUGGUGGGAUUUUCUAG